AUGGCCAAUCGACGACAACGGCGUGUCAUAAUCAUCGCCGUCAUCUUGUUCGGUCUCUUUGCCUUCCACAGCCUUCGUUCCAGCAGAGAACCGCCUCCCGUCGUCCGCGAACAUGUCAACAUCCGCCUCGUCAAGAGCAGCUUUGACUGGGCCAACCAUCGACACAAGUACCCAGUAUCCCCGUCAAGAAUGCACCAUCUGCCUACACAACGGCCAAAGACCCUCCCGCGAGUCCAAUUCAAUUUUGGCGCGAAACGACUGCGCAAGAACGAUGCGAAAUCCGAGUCGCGACGAAAGGCGGUCCAAGAAGUCUUUGUCAAGAGCUGGAAUAGUUACAAGGAAUACGCGUGGGGCUUUGACGAGUUGACGCCAGUCACUGCCAAAGGGAAAGAUACGUUUGGCGGUUAUGCGGCUACUCUGGUCGAUGCGCUCGACUCGUUGUGGAUAAUGGACUUGCGCGACGACUUUGACGCCGCCUUGUCCGUCAUUGGAGCCAUGGAUUGGGAUGAUACAAAGGAGACGGCUGUCAAUGUCUUUGAGACUACUAUCCGUCACCUCGGAGGACUGUUGAGCGCGUACGACCUUAGCGGGGAACCCGUACUGUUACUCAAAGUCAUUGAGCUCGGCGACAUGCUUUAUGCCGCCUUUGAUACACCGAAUAGGAUGCCUCCUUUCUGGCUAGACUUUGAGCUUGCUAAAGAGGGAAAACUUGUGGCUGGUACGUCAGACCCGUCGGCAUCGCCAUGCUCGCUAUCCCUCGAAUUCACAAGACUCUCACAAGUUACUGGGGACCACAAGUAUUUCGACGCAAUUGAGAGAGUCAAGCUGUUCCUCGAGAGUACGCAGCGAGAAACUCAACUUCCUGGCAUGUGGCCGGCGCUCAUCAACUUCCGGGAUGAAAGUGUUUUGCAACACAACGAGUUCACUUUGGGAGCACUCGCCGACUCUCUGUACGAGUACUUGCCUAAGAUGUAUGCCUUGCUCGGAGGGACGGACCCGGCCUACGAAAAGAUGUAUCGCCAUGCAAUGCACGUCGUUGAGCAGUACCUCCUGUUCCGUCCCAUGCUUCCGGACAACAAAGAUGUCCUGUUCUCUGGGACAGCGUUUGCCGAAGGCAAUGUGCGGCGCAACCCCGAGAGCCAGCACUUGUCAUGCUUUGUAGGUGGGAUGUUUGGGCUUGGCGGCAAGCUGUUCGGCAUCAAAGAGCACAUGGGUCUCGCCGAAAGGCUGGCCCGCGGCUGUGGAUGGGCAUAUAGCUCGUUCCCGACAGGUCUCAUGCCAGAGAUCUUUGGCAUGGUCCCUUGCGAGACGCUGGACGGCUGUGAGUGGGAUGAGGAACGAUGGAAGCGCGAAGGCGCAUCAGGCUUGAAAAAGGGGUUCUCCCAUGCGCGUGACCCCCGCUACAUCCUGCGUCCGGAAGCAAUUGAAAGCAUUUUCCUCAUGUACAGGAUGACUGGAAACCCAGAGUACCAGGAAAUAGCAUGGACGAUGUUCCAGGCUAUUGUAAAUGCGACGGAGACUGAAAUUGCGAACUCAGCCAUCGAGGACGUCACUGUCAAGGGGGAAACAAAGAAGCUUGAUUCAAUGGAAAGCUUUUGGAUGGCAGAAACGCUAAAGUAUUUCUAUCUCAUCUUCUCACCCCCUAGUCUUGUCAAUCUUGAUGAGUUCGUCUUGAAUACGGAAGCACACCCGCUUAGACGGCAGUUACUAUGA